AUGUUUAACAUCUACCUCCUCCUCGUCUACAUCCUCCUUCUUUCCCCCGCUGUCCUCGCCGCCCCAAAUGGCCUCAACAAGGCCGCCCCCCGCGCCGCUCAGAAAACCUCCACCCGCACGCUAAUCGAGGAAGACAUGGAGGUGAUCGAAAUCAAGAAAACCACCUUGACCACCAUCCAGACCCACAGCCAGAGCCAGAGCCCGAGCAAUACCCGAAAGGUCAUCUCGCGCACGGUGACCUCCGUCGACGUCGUUGAGGAAAUGAGGGUCGUUGACGGUCCUCCUCCACUCAUGAUUAGGAUUACCUCUACUCAGAUUGUCCACGAUCCUCCUCCUGCUGCUCCGAUCGUGACGCUCGAGGUUAUUCCUGUUCCUGUUACUGUUCCUGCUCCGAUUGUGACCGUCCAGGACCGUGACCGUCGGGCGGAGGCUGCUCCAGCUCCUGCUCCCCCUUCUGUUCCCAGGACAAUCACCAAGGUCGAAGGUCCUGCCGUUGUCACCAUGACUGUGCACAAGUCUGGUGGUGGCAAGGCGCCGUUGAACUACACGGAGGAUUACAAGACUUGGAAUCCGUGGGAACAGGUUGGGCCUGGACCUAAGGCUAGGGCAGCCAGGCUGCCUAAGAGGGGGAACAUGGAGAGAAUGGAGGUUAGGAGUAGAGGUAAGGAGUGGAGGGUUACGAACUGGAACGGGCUUCCUGCUCCGACGUUGCCUACCAAGUCUAAUCCUUUGGAUUUCGGGCCGGGGAUUGGACUUGGGAAACUUGGGAAGAGGGACGUUGAGAAUAUCGAGGUCUUGACGUCGUUCGUCACGCUGACGGCUGUUGAUCAAUCGUCCCCAACCCCCAACGUCGUCCCUGUCCCUGUGCUCAGCACCUCGACGGCUUCAAACACCACCUCCUCCACCCCCAUCAUCACCCCUGCCCCUGUCAUCAUCACCGUACCCGCCAUGGUCACCGAAGUCGUCGUCGUCACCGAGGGCGCUUCCAAUAAUUCUCCGGCUCCCGCCCAACAGGAGCGACAACAACAACAACAGCAGCCUAUCCUUCCAGGCCAGAUCCCCUCCACCCGCUCCGACACCGGCAGCAUCAACCUCCGUCCAGGCCUUGAGGACGCACCUCAUAACAUGCGGGACAUGACAGACAACUUCUACUUCAACGCCGAUAACCCCGAUGAGCUCCGGCCCAGUGGCAAGUAUGCGGCUUUGGUGAAGACGCUGGUUAAGGAUCUUCCGCCGCCUCCACUGCCUCCGACGCCUACUCCGCAGACGCCCACUCCUGCUCUGGAGCCGGAACCCAAUCCGGAACAGCGAGCGCAACCGCCUCCGGAUCCGGCUCCUGCUCCUGCUCCCGCUCCUGCUCCCGCUCCUGCUCCCGCUCCCGCUUCUGCUUCUGCUCCGAGUCCGAGUGCGAGUCCGCAGGUCGCACAGCAGAAAUCAGAAGAAGACCCCGACCAGGAAGUCAUUCCCGUCCCUAUCGUGCACACCUACACAGUCGGCACCUUCCACACCUCCAUCGUGCGCACCUACGCCGUAACCAAAACCAAUACCGCCCUGUGGACUUCGAAGUUUGAGGUGGUUGAUGAUUUGCCGCAGGCUACUGAUCAGCCUCGGGCUUUACCUCCUCCUUCUUUCCUGGAAGCUGGUGAGGUUGACAGGAGUGUGUCGACCAGUUUGUUGACGUUACUGCCGGGGCAGUUGGGGGAGCAUAAGGAGACAACUGUUAGUAUUUUGGUGCCUGUGUCUGUUAGUCCUAGUCCGCUACCGACUCCUGCUCCGGGAGUUAGGGUUCCCGUGGUGGAUAGGGAGAAGGGUUCUGGGGAGGAAAAGAGGGAGGGGGUGAUGACGAGUGUGGUUAACAUCCUGCCUGGACAGGUCGGCAACAAAGAGGAGAUGGUGUUGAGUGUUUUGGUGCCUGCUGAGGGUCUCUUCAGUUGCUGCUGCUUCUUCGACCCCCUCGGCGGCUGUGGUCCCGGUGAAGACUACGGCUGGGGACAAGGCAAGCGUGCUAACCCCCUCCUCCCCCUCGCCGCCGGCCAAGUUGGCAACAAGGAAGCAACGGCAAUGGCGGUGCUGGUUCCCGCUUCUGCUUCUUCGACCCCGUCGGCGUCGGCUGCUAAGGCAAAGACUGCGGGCUUAGGGGCAAGUGUUGUGACCUCCCUGCUUACCCUCUCCGCCGGUCAAGCUGGGAAUAAGGAGGAAAUGGUGAUGGCGGUGUUGGUUCCCGCUUCACCUCCGAAGGUAAAGUCUCACCUAGCUGGAGAUUUACACCACCCGUCCGAAUCCGAGGACUACUGGUCCAAGACCAAAUCGCCGCACCCGCCGUGGUCUUCGGCACCGCAGCAGCCGCCAACCGCGAUACCUGUCACGAAGCCACAAUCUAGCACCACUCCAGGCUCGGAUGUGGUCCCCCUCUCUGCAGUCUCUGGGGGUUCCGGUGGUGGUUCAUCAGUCAUCGACGCUAGCUCCAACACCCCACUGGCAAUCAUAACCACCUUAAUCACAGUCCAGAACACCUCCAUCACUACCGCCAACACACCCGCGAGUGUAUCUUACACAACAAGCUUUGUCACCGUUUACGAUGCGGUCACUUCCUCCUCCCCUUCCCGUGCUGGCCCAAAGGAUGAGCAUGUGAAUCCGGAAAAAGACAAGGACAUGGCUAACCCCACGGAGAAAGACCUCGAAGCGCUGAAGAAUAGUGAGGUGUGGGGAACCGUGGUGCCUGGUCAAGAAGUGGUGAUUGAUGGCCAGACUGUGGAGGUUGUUGCUGUCAUGACUGGAGGGCCUUGA